AUGUCUGCGACUGCAUCCGCAAUUCCUCUCCCUGUUGCUUCCUCAGGUUCACGUCCACCAUCAAGACAGGCCUCGUCACGCCCUUCAUCGCGUCUUUCUACUCGCGGCCCACCCUCCCACCUUGGCACACCCCGCACGCCAGAGGCCCGUCCUCCAAGCGCAUACAACAGCGGCCGCUCAGCAAAGCGAACUAACAGCCACGAGCAGCUAACGGUGAUCGCUGCUGCUGUCAGUGAUGGAGAGAGUCAUCUUCCCCUGCCAGUAGCAAAUGGAAGUGUGAACGGUACGCUGGCUCCACCAGCUAGUAUCAAAGAAGGUGUACCGGAGGACUACCUCCUGUCCAGGACGAGAAGUCAAAGCCCGACUCGUUCUAUAUCCCGCAUCCCCGUCAGUUCUGUCGGGCAUGCACGGGCGCUAGCGGAAGAUGGCUCGCUCAUCGCCAGCACCUCGCUCCCUCAGCGAUCUUCAUCCCUGGGACCGCUUCCCUCCCCGUCGCUCAACUCUAAUGGUGACCCUUUAACCCCCACAUCCCUCUCGGGCGACCUCCAACUCUCUCCCUCCCCAAGUUCACCCAAUUUUGCAAGCUCUUCUUAUCGAAUGUCGAUGUCCUUGCGCAAGGCGAGCGGAAACGGGAACACCACUAAGGUGCUUGCGGAGCUCCAAGCUGGCGUGAGCAAUGCCAGAAACGCGCUAGAAAACACGAAGAACCAGUUGAGGACGAGUCAGCGGCAGGUUGCUCAGUUAACGAGACAAAAUGAGGAUCUAAAGGACGGGAGGGAAAGAAUGCGGAUUGAAAUCGAGAAUUUGAACAAUGUCGUCGCUCGCAAAGAACGUCUCCUUCAGGAACUUCUGGAGAGAGCACGGAAAGCAGAAGCGGAAGCUCUCGCGCUUAAAUCCCAGCUGAAGUCCGAAACGACCGCAAGCAAAUCCGCUCUCAAAGACAUGGAAAAGCAAGUCUCUGAGGCCACUGCAGUCAGCCAGAAGAGUCAUCGUGAAUUCAUAACUCUCAGCGAAACCGUGAAGAGUAUGACUGGGCAUUGGAAGGCAGACAUGGACGCUGUGCGUAAAGAGAUGGCGAAGAGAGAAGAGUUGCACAGACAUGAAGUCGAUGAAUGCACCAAAAAGUCCCAGAAUGUGAUAAAACUUGUCCAAGCGUCGAAAUCGGAACGAGCACAGCUGGAUGCCCUGAAGCGAGAGGCUUACACAGCGAACCAGGGCCUUGCAACACUGCUGAAGCCGCACAUGGACAAGCUACUCCAAACCUCCUCUAGAUCUGACGCCAACUCCGCCGAAGCCCUCAAGAUUGCACAAGAUAUACAGGCCGAACUGGCCCGAAUUCGCCGGUUGAUGCGUGUUGGUCACGGGCCUACACCUUCCGUUUCAGGUUUCUCCAGCUCUAUACAUCCUUCGCCUGCAACACCGGACCUCGCCUCGAUCUCCGAAUAA